AAAGCCAUAAAAGAUCUUAAAUCAGAGCAGAAAAUCUUGAAUUCAUAAACUCUUGGCAUUAAAUGUUGCAUGCAAUGUAAAAAAAAAAAAAAAAAAUCUUCCUUUUGUAUUGUUUUUGUUUUCCAGUACAAAUACAUCUACCUUAGAUGCAAAAAAGAUGAAGUAAAUUAAGUGAGUUUAUGCUUAAAACAAGAACAGAUUAGUUUUCCUCUUUGAAUUAAGUUGCUUUUUAAAGCCUGUUAGCAGAUGUUUGUUCUUGUUUUAAUCAAAAACUCGCUAUAUUUUGAUCCAUUUGUCAUAAAAAAGACUUCUUAUUUUUAUGUCAUUUUGCUUAUAAAGUAAAUGCAUCUUGAUUUAAAACUCAUUAAACAUUUGUACUGGAAAACAGACAAAAAUACUAAUGAAGAACAUCACUUUUUAUAGUGUGAUGGUACAGUAAAAGUUAUUUUCAUACACUAGAGGUUGGAAGCGAAAGCAUUUACAUUUAGAGACUGCAAUGAUGUUUUGUUUUCCAUUCAGUUUAUUCCUUAUAUUUUGUUUACUUGGUCUUAAAAUGCCUUAACUUUAUCUAUCUUUCUAAAACCUGCAGAAACUCUGAAUAAUGUUUGUGUUUAAGCAAUAAUUAACCAUGUAAUCCAAAAUAUGCACCACGGGAGGGGCUCUUCCAUGGCAAACGCCUUCCUGAUCUUGGUCGAAACUGCUUAAAAAACGAUUGGUUGCAUAUGGUGUGUAUGUCGUCUUUUCAUUGGCUGAACAGGUGCACUAUUGCACCUAGUUUCAUAUGACUGCACCUGCGCUUGCCCUACCUGUUUGACCUGACUUGAGCGCACCUAAAGUCACGCCCACCUUCCCCCAGGUCAGCCGCUGUAGCACAGAGAGGGAGAACUUUCAUUCUUGGUUCUCCUUGGAAUUUUUUGGGAUUUUGACUCAUGCAGCACUAAUCUAGAUUAGUAAAGGAAGAUCUGCUUACAUGAGAGACAGUAUGGGGUCUGAUGAGGCCUACAACUUUGUUUUCAAAGUGGUUCUUAUUGGAGAAUCUGGCGUUGGCAAGAGCAACUUGCUGUCACGGUUCACCAAGAAUGAGUUUAAUCAUGACAGCCGGACAACCAUCGGAGUGGAGUUCAGCACAAGAACUGUGCAGCUAAACGGUCUCACCAUCAAAGCUCAGAUCUGGGACACUGCCGGACUGGAGCGGUACCGGGCCAUCACUUCUGCAUAUUAUCGAGGAGCGGUUGGAGCUCUACUAGUCUAUGACAUUUCAAAGCACUUGACGUAUGAAAGUGCCGAGCGCUGGCUGAAGGAGCUCUACGAUCACGCAGAUCCGCAUAUCGUAGUGAUGCUUGUGGGCAACAAAACAGACCUGGCAGCGGUUCGGUCUGUUCCCAUGGAGGAUGCGAAGGACUUUGCAGAAAAGAAUGGUCUUCUGUUUAUGGAAACCUCUGCUUUGGAGUCAAUAAAUGUUGAGGCAGCGUUCAACACUGUGCUUACAGAAAUCCAUAAAAAGGUAAGCAGCAAAGAAGUGACCCGAGGCUCUAUCAAUGCUGUGACAUUAUCCCAGCCUAAAGCUUCAGCAGAAGACGCACAGGAAGAAAAGAAGGCCUGCUGUAAGAACCUGUGAAAGAACAUUCUGGAUUGAAGGACUUCACAAGGGGCCUAAUAGAGUUGUGAAUUCAGCUUGUACAAUAGGGCUAUCAUUAAGAAAGAAAAUUAAAAGGAAAUCCAUUUCAUUGACUGACAUAACCAUAUUUGUAUUGUUAAAUAUUAUGUAACAAUUAAAAGGCAUUUUAAUGUUUGUCAGGUUUGACAAGGAUUAAUGUCAAUUUUAAUUAACUUUAAUGUCAAAUGUUCCAUCUCAGUAGGAGAUUUUUGUUUGUGCUAUUUAUGAAAUGUCAUGCCAAACUUUCCUUUUUUUUUUUUAAUUCAUUUAACAUACACUUUGGUCCAAUGAAGAAUACAACAAGCUAGAAAUAACUUCUUCAUUUUAUUUGCAUAAGAUGGUGGAAAGAACAUUUUUUGAUUUACAUGUUCAUCCACACUUGGUUUUUAAUUUGAUUUAUUCAACAUGCCUAAUAAAGAUAUGGCAAAGAACUUAUUGUUAUUAUUUAAGACUAAUCAGCACUAAUUUAAUAUUUUGUGCUAUUAAAAUCUAUAUAUAAAGCAUUUGUAAGAAAUGUGUUGAUUUGUAUUUUCAUAAAUGAAUGCUGAUGCUGCAGGUAUUAUCAGUUGGUGCUGUUACCACAAUAUUAAAAAUAUAGAGCAUGUCAUUUUCCAAUAAGAAUUAAAGCUUUUUUCAACUA